UGAAUUCUCUUCCGGGGUUGGGGCAGUGGGCGGAGCUACGAGCGAUGACGCGGCAGCCGCCAAAAUCAAACCACCCGAAAACUUGAAGCGAAUAUUUCCGUCUGUGCUGCUAACUUACGAUAUUUAACACUUAAAUAAAGAAAACUACUUGCGGAAACAUGGAGGGGACGUCUGCGACAGGUGUUUUGAGUCACCUGAGUCGGCUGGAAGUUCAGGCGAGAAGCAAGAAGAGUCAGCCUCAGCAGCGGAGUCGUGUGGAGGCGCUGAAGGCUAAAGUGGAGGCGCUGAGGCUGCAGAGAGAUCAGCUGAAGGCGGAGAUUGAGACACACAAGAAUCUCCAGAAACUGAGGGCGUCUAUGGACAAACAGAGUACACGUGAAGGAGAAGAGGAGGAGGAGGAGGAAAUGGAUGAAGACUCUGAGAACUCACAACUGCUGCGGCUGAUGGCCAGACACACGCAACUGAAAGACCUUCUGCAUGCUCAUCACAUCAUUGGUGGGUACGAUGUCGUCAAGACUCGUCAAGGUAAAGGAGUGUGCGUGUCUCUGGCGACGGCCUACGAUGGCGUCUUCUUAGACACCUACAACCUGGAGAUAGACAUGAAGCCAACGCUGAGGAUCAGUCGUCACAACGUCCCCCCGUUCAUUCCCUUGAGCAGCCUGGUUGAACAGAGCAACAUGCAGACAGACAUAAGGAGUUUUCUGGCCACGCUCAGCCAACAUCUCAACGCCUUCGCCGGUCGCAAGCAGCAGCUGAAGCUUGUGAAGGAACUCCAUAAAUCUGUGGAAGUGAUGGAGAGCAACGUUUUGUGUUCAAUACUGGUGAUGGUGUUCACUGUGCCGGGAGAGAAGACGGCCGUUCUCUGCACGCUGGACUACACCGACCACACCAGAUGUCUCCCCACACGAGUCCACUUUGAAUCUGAAGAGAAAGAGCUUCCUGAUUCCCCAGAGUGGAAGAAAAACUGCAGCCUCCUCAUGGAGACUCCUGUGCACAAAGCUUUGAUAAUCAUGAGGAAGAUGGGGAAUAUUGUGUAAUUUAUUCAGAAAUAAUGAAACUUUUCUACAUUUUUAAAGAUAUAAUAUGUACAUUGUCAUUGUUUAUAAUAAAAAACACUGUCA